AACACUGCAAUCAUAUGAUUGUUCAAUGAAGAAGCACGUCUGAUAGGCGUCGUCUUACUUCUUCUAGCCAGAUUUUAAUUUUCUGGCUCUGUGUCAGUUGUUUUUUGUGUAAGUGGUGUUAAAUAAUAACCAUCAGCCAUGGCGCUCAGCGAUGCAGAUGUUCAAAAACAGAUCAAACAUAUGAUGGCCUUCAUCGAACAAGAGGCCAAUGAAAAAGCUGAAGAAAUCGAUGCAAAGGCUGAGGAGGAGUUCAAUAUCGAAAAGGGCCGGCUGGUUCAACAGCAACGGCUCAAGAUCAUGGAAUACUAUGAGAAAAAAGAGAAACAAGUUGAACUCCAGAAAAAGAUUCAAUCAUCGAACAUGCUGAACCAAGCUCGUCUGAAGGUGCUCAAAGUGCGUGAAGACCACGUGCGCAACGUGCUGGACGAGGCCCGCAAGCGCCUGGCUGAGGUGCCCAAGGACACCAAGCUGUAUUCAGAUCUGCUUGUCACACUCAUGGUGCAAGCUUUAUUCCAGCUCAUAGAGCCGACAGUGACCAUCCGAGUCCGACAAGCGGACAAAGCCCUGGUGGAGUCGCUGUUGUCCCGCGCCCAGCAAGACUACAAGGCCAAGAUCAAGAAGGACGUCCAGCUCAAAGUGGACACCAGCUACCUGCCCGCCGACUGCUGUGGCGGCAUCGAGCUCAUCGCUGCCAAGGGACGCAUCAAGAUCGACAACACCCUGGAGGCGCGCCUCGAGCUGAUCGCGCAGCAGCUGCUGCCGGAGAUCCGCACGGCUCUGUUCGGGCGCAACCCCAACCGCAAGUUCACUGACUAAACUGUACACCCUUCCCCUACACACUUGUUGCUACUAACAAUAUUUAAAAUUUCGUAAUACUGUAGAGAUAUGAUAAUACUAUAAGUGUUUUCCUUUGCCUAAUUAAUUAUAAUAAUGCGUACAAUUUAUCGCUAUUUAGAAUGUAUAACUGUUCUGAAUUCGCCAUUAAACAUCAUGUGAGCAUCUGGCGCGAACACAUCUAUAUUUUAUAAACUCUAACUGUAAGUUAGUUUCGCCAGCUGAAGUGACCGUAACCCCGAACGUAUUUUAUUAUAACAAUUCAUUCGUAUAACUUAGACGUAGAUGUAGUGUUGGAAACAAUUAAUGUUACCAUUUUAUUAGGUACAAUAUGCGAUAGUGAACUCUGUUAAUAGUGUGUUAUUGCCCAGUGUACGGCGACGGUGGUAUAUAUCAAAAUGUAAUUAAUCAAGAUCGUUGUUUUCGCUUCAUGUUAUUCGCUGACUAGGAAUAUUGGUGGGUAGUAAGGUUUCUUCGUGACGGCAGCAUCCCACGCUAUGUUCACUCAAAUGAUCAUUUGACUGGGCGCAGUGUGGUGUCACAAAGAACUCCUACAAUCGACCACGUUUUCCAUCUUUCCUGGCAAUGUAACUGGCUUGCUUCUAUAAAUUAUAUUAAAGGGCACUAUAGCUCUAACUAGGAUACAUGUAUUUCCAUUAUAGCACUGUUAAAUUUCUUAUGUAAAUAUAUAGAUGUGUUGAAA